AUGACCUCCAUCGUCCCUCAACCGUCUCCGUCGCAGUCGACCGUCUCGCACCCCAAUAUGACUUGCAGUUUAUCCUCCAAUGCGACAACCGAACACCGGCCGACCGUAUCAUCCCGACCCAAACUCACUCUCCAAACCUCCUCGUUACCCCGAACCUUUGGGACGUCCUCGACUGGACUCUCGCUCUCGCUGGCGGGCGGUGCAACGGCCUCCCCCACCGUCCGCAAUACCUUCAAGAAUGCCUACGAUGCGGCAUUGCCCUCCUCUGCAACCGCCUCUCCCUCAAAAACCUCCAACAGUCGAUUCAGCAAACCCUCGUCACCCUAUCCUUCCCACAACCAGAACAGCAACAACCCUUACCAGCUCCCGCUGGGAGUGAAGAGCAUCCUGCGGAACUCCCCGUUGGAGCCGACAUGUCGGCUACGGUCCGCAUCGGUUGCCACGAGUGCCAACGGAGGCACGGGCUCGCGUCGGGUCUUUUUCCCCGCGAAGAAGCAAGUCAACUAUCGACAGCCACUCGAAGAAGAAAUCCAAAACGUGCAUUAUACCGCCCGUCACUCCGAUAUCGCGGGAGAACCGGCCGAGCAACCUCCUCAGACGAACUCCGACCAAGACUCGGAUUCCAACUCCAGCCUGGCUCCGUCAGAUACAAGUACCUCGGACGAGGAUGAUUCCAGUACGGGGACGCGCCGCUCCCCAUUGUCCGCCCUCGAGCGGAAGAAACGAAAACACCUGAGCGCGGAAAAACAGGUUCGCGCGGUCGCGCUGAUGGACGGACUGGAGGAUAACUACGGCUCGACGACUCCUCAGACUCCUCGCCAGAAACGAGUCAAACGCCGAUGCGAAUGGCGGUGGACCUUGGGACCCUUGAACACUGGCACCGAAGGCGCAAAGCCUCCUCCAAGCCAGGACGAAACGCCGUCUGAUCUGGCGACGACGAAAACGGUUCCCGUACUAUCGAACCCCGUUCCCAAAUGGGUGAGCAAGGACGUCGAGAGCCCUGCAUCGGCCUCGGACCUUCUCUCGGCCUCGAGCGCCGCCUCGCUGCCAUACUCCAGUCCGAGCUCCUCGGUUGCCUCGGAAGUGGCGGACAAGAACGACGAAUACUGGAAGACCACGAGUCACGAACCUGAACGUGCAAAUGCCGAUCCCCCGGAAUAA